AUGGCGGCAUCACUCGAGAGGACAGAAUACUUUUACGGAUCCGAGAAUGCCCUACAAAACGUAGCUGUCUGGGAGUUCCCCAAGGAUCAGGUCGAGGAGGCACCAUUGGGUAAGACAAAAUACUGGCUCAUCUUCCUCCACGGCGGUGCCUGGCGUGACCCCCGCGCCACCUUCAACGAAGCAGAGCCCACCAUCAACGCCCUCCUAGACCCUUCUCACCCUGCGCACAUCCCCCACCCGUCUUCCCGCAUCGCCGCCUUCGCCUCGAUCAACUACCGCCUCUCUCCACACCCAGAGUACGUCCAGGACGAGGCCUCCACGCCAUCUUUCGCCCGCCGCGCCGCCCGCCACCCAGACCACCUUGUCGACGCGCUCUCUGGGCUGCGGUUCCUCCAGCACAAGUUCGGGGGCAGCGCUGCUCCUGCUUCACGGUACGUCCUCUUUGGACACUCAGCAGGCGGGUUCUUGGGGUAUCAGGUACUCGUCAGGGAGGCGGCUAGGGACAGGUUCGCCGACCUGGCCCCGCCCACGGCUGUGGUAGGGUUCGAGGGGAUCUACGACCUCGUCGGGCUGAACGGGCGGAUGGAGGGGAACUACACGGGGUUCAUGGAGGCCGCGUUCGGGCCGGACGAGGGCGGGGGCUGGGCGCGGGCGAGCCCUGCGACCACGGCCGGGCAGAGCUUUGGGGCAUGGGGUGGGGCCGGGGCAGGGCGGCUGGCGGUCCUGGCUCACAGCCCCGGCGACGAGCUUGUGGAUAUGGCGGACUGUGAUGCGAUGGAGGCGAGGCUCAAGGCGGAUGGGGUGGCGAAUGUGAAGGUAUAUCGGGACCUGAAGGGUGGACAUUUUGAGGUGCUGGGGGAUGGGUCGUUUGCGAGGGUGCUGAAGGAGACGCUGGAGGAACUGGAGAGCAUGGAGAAGGCAUGAAGAGGAGGAGUGCCGGAUGAUACUCAAGGCUACGAGGCAAUGCACAACUACUGUUCCAGUUCUACAUGGUCGCUCUUUUAGACGUAAUAGCAAAGUCUACUCGUCUGGCAAAGAGAAACAGCACCUAAAUCAGAAAGUCAGAAUGAUUUUUUCUUUUAAAUGAAUUCCAAUGGACAUGAC